AUGGGCUCCCAACCACCACCCACACAACGCCUAUACUUCCUCGACACAGACCUCUCUCACCCGCACCCAAGACAAGGCCGCAUCCUCUCCUGCCACCCAGACGGCACCAACCUCCAAACCAUCAUCGACAACCUGCCCGGCCUCCCCGACAGCAUCACCCUCGACCGCGACGCAGGCCACAUGUACUGGACCAACAUGGGCGGAGGCCACACGCCGCGGCUCCCCACCGGCUCCAUCGAGCGCGCCAACCUCGACGGCUCGGGGCGCAAGGUGGUCGUCCCGCCCGGCACACGGGGCGUCUUCACGCCCCAGCAGAUCACAGCCAGGGGCGGGACGCUGUACUGGUGCGACAGGGAGGGGAUGAAGGUGAUGCGGUGCAGCAAGCCCGACGGCGCCGACCUCGAGACGCUCGUCUCGACGGGCGACACGGACGAGGAGAGGGGCGAUCCGAGGAGGUGGUGCGUCGGCGUCGCGGUCGACGAGCCGAGGGGGGUUUUCUACUGGACACAAAAGGGCGGAUCUGCGGCGGCGGCGGCGGCGGCGGACGGUAGCACGAGUAACGGCAAGAUCUGCCGGGCGCGCAUUCAAGGCCCGCAGGGUGCUUAUCCAGAGAAGAGGUGGGAUGUGGAGGUUGUGUUUGACGGCCUGCCUGAGCCGCUUCACCUCGAUAUGGACGAGGAGAGCCAGUCGCUGUACUGGACGGAUCGUGGAGGCCCCAAGGGCGAGAGCAGGCUGAACAGGGCGGCUGUGGGAAUGGGAGGCGUGCCGCAGGUGCUGGCGACUGGGCUGCGCAAAAUCAUCGGCCUGGCGGUUGAUAGAGAGGCAGACAUGGCUUAUGUCACUGAUCUGGCGGGCGGUGUGUACGCCAUCGACAUCAAGACGAGAAGGAAGACAGCCUUGUUCAACAGGGUAGGAGAUAUCACAGGUAUUGCGCUGGGAUGA